UUCUAUCUACUCAAGAACCAUCAAGAACAAGCCAUGCCACCAAAGAAAAGAAGAGGAAGGAAGCCGAAAAGAAAAAAUUAUGAUGAUGCUGAAAAUGCUUCCCUAUCUGAGUCAACCAAUCUUAACAACAUGUCAGAUUCUUGGGAAUGUCCUAUUUCUGCUAGAAAGAAUUUAACUGAGAAUUCGAAAGAGAUUUCUAAUUGUCGCCGCAGCACCUUAAGAUCUGCUUCAAAGCCUAUUCAAAAUGGAAUAACAUCUUUGUUAAGAGGGCAUUCUUCUGCUCCUGAUGACAUCCAACAAGUUGAUGAUCCAGCCGAGACGAUCGAUUCGGAAAAAGAUUUUGAUAUAAAAGAAUCUCCUUCAAGAAACCUGGUAGCAUUUGUUCCUGCUCCAACAUUGGAACUUAUCCCUCUUGAGCAUGAGAAUUUGGAAGGUGAAACAUCAGAUGAUAAUCAAAGGAAGUGUAUUUUAAGCGGUGGAUGCUCGUCCCCAUCAUAUAGUUCCGAACUAUCUGAAAUGGUUGCUAUGAUGGGGAAAGAAAAUGGUGAUGAGGCUGAUUCUGAUAUACCGAGUGAUAUACGGAGUCAGGAUAAGGACACGGUGAAUGGAUAUCAUGUGAAGAUGGAAUUCAUGCCAAUAUUAAGAAGAAUAAUGGACAAACAUGGAGAUAUUGCUCGGAAUUGUGUCACGGAAUCGGCGAAACACAGGUCAGAAUUGUUGGAGAUUAUCUGCGGAAUCAUAUUGGAUUUCGAAAAGAAAGAUGUUCGCAGUAUUAAAGAAAGUUCCUUGAGAAACAAGAUUGCUCUUGUAGAUGGAAUAAGAAAUAUGAAAGUGGAAGUUGAAUGGCUGAGCAAGAGGCUAACCGAGGUACUCGAGGCAAAGAAGAUUCUUAUGCAGUCUAGCGAGCUGAAACAGAAAGCAGCUAAGAAUAGGAAGCUUGUGGAACAGUCUGAGCUUGAGUUGGAAGAAUGUGAAGCACAGAAGAAGGAACUGUCUGAGAAGCUGAAAACCGUAUGCGAGAAAGAGAUUCUUUGCAAAGAGAAUCUGGCCAGAGCAAAGGAUGAGUCUGCCGCGACAUCACGAGUAGUCGGGUCUGCCAUAUCUAAAGUCGGACGCUUUCUUAAUUGCUCAAUGGUUGAUGCAUUGAUUUAGCUUUGCACUUUCAGCUUCCUGAUUUCUCAGUGUAAUAGUUUUAGGAUUGCUUUAUGUGUCUUUAACUCCUUUUAUUUGAGGCUAUGUUGCCUCACAUCUCUUGCAUGGCUUGAACAAUUACAUUAUGAAUUUGGUUGAGGAAAGUAACAACACUUCAGUGAAGUAGGUGUGUAAUGUGUUGUUAUGCUUUAUUGGAAGUUGAAUAUUCUCUUAACUAGUAUAGCAACAAGUUGGUUCUCUGACAUGCUUUCAACUUUAAGAAUCCUUUGUUC